AUGGCCUCCACCGUCCAGCGCCCACCCCAGCCAAACAAUGCCCUCGACCCGAGCCCCAACUCACGCAACAUGCCUCCACCUCCCAGCCCCACUCAGCCAACAUGCGCUCCGAACCAGCCCCACCAGCCAACAUGGCCUCCACAUGGCCUGCCACCCUCACCCCACCAGCGCCACAUAACCUCCACCACCGAGCCCAACCCAGCGCCCCAGCCAACAUGCCUCCCCCCCGAGCCCACCCAGCAACAUGGGCCUCACCCCCAGCCGCCACCCAGCCAACAUGGCCUGACACCUCCAACCCCACCGCAGCAACCAUGCCUCCACCACCAGCCCACCGAGCAAACAUGCCUCCACCCUCACCCACCGCAUGGCCUCCACGCACCAGCCCACAUCCUCACCGCCAGCCCACCCAGCCCCACCCAGCGGCACAUGCCUCCACCCAGCCAACAUGCCUCACCUCCAGCCCCACCCAGCCAACAUGCCUCCACCCCAGCCCCACCAGCCAACAUGCCUCCACCCCAGCCCACCCACCAACAUGCCUCCACCUCCAGCCCACCCAGCCAACAUGCCUCCACCUCCAGCCCCACCCAGCCCCACCCAGCCACAGCCAUGCCCACCCCCAGCCCCACCCAGGCAACAUGCCUCCAGCCUCCAGCCCCACCCAGCCACAUGCCUCCACCUCCAGCCCCACCCAGCCAACAUCGCUCCACCCACAGCCCACCCAGCCAACAUGCUCCACCCCACCCCACUCAGCAAAGCUCCACCCCAGCCCACUCAGCCAACAUGCCUCCACCCACCAGCCCCACCCAGCCAACAUCCAACAUGACUCCACACCAGCCCCACCCAGCCAACAUGCCUCCACCACCAGCCCAACCCAGCCAACAUGCUCCACCCUAA